GACAGGCAAGUGCUCUACGAGCCCCGGAGCGAAGAGGCCGUGGAGAACCUUUGCUGCCGUGGGUACCACUACGCUAGCAGCAGCGCCCUCCCCUGGCACAGCAUCUUGCACAGCCAUCCCAACUCUCUCUGCCCUCUUCCUCACCGGCAGUUGGUAGUACUCAAAUGCCAGACGUGCCAAUGAAAUCCGGAGCGCCCUUCACUUCGACAACGUGGCUGGAUCUUGUGUCGCAGAAAAUGCCACAGGACAUCAUCACGCGGGCGAACAAAGACGGCUCGCCUUUCCCAAGUCCUUCCACCAUCGACGUGCCACUCAUCAUGUCCUCAUCGACUGAUGGUGCUCGAGGGAUGGGCCUCGCGCGUGCGUUUGGGGAGCGCCCGAGCGACGGAGGGCAGAACGUCGCGAGAGACAGAAUGUUGAGCCUGUGCAGCUUCAAUGCCGAACUGCUUCUCGCCAAGAUCGCGCUCACAAUCCUGCGUGGCGAGGACCAGACCCUUUGGGCACGACGAAUCGAAGUCAGCAUCCGGCUCAACACCAUCUGGACUGUCUUCGCCCCAUUGGGUAUGCCCCGUCGCGUCGCGGAGGGUCCGCGCAAGCAGCAGCAGGUGAUCGACUGGAUCAUGCAGGCAGGAGCGAGUUACGACUUCAGCGCCUUUCGUCGACGGAUCCACGAUGGCCAUCCCUCCCUGCAUAGCUACCUCGACCAUGCCAUGGUCAGAGGGGUGCCCAAUAUGCACAUUCGGGUGGAGAAUGGGUGGCGCAUCUUGAUGGACGGGAAGGCAGCCCCUGCCAAGGAGGUUCUUGAGCGCCUGCAGCCUCGUCUGCAGUUCUUCCGCCAGCGCCUGCUGUUCUUUCGUCGCAAGUCGUACAUGGAGAUGGUCCUCUGUUGCACGUUCCCGCGCUCUCUGCUGGCGUUCAUUGCCGCAGCCAUCACCUCGCGCUGCAGAGAGAAGGCAAUCAAGUACGACGCCAAGUCGCACAAGGCGGAUCAGCUGUGCAAGAUGCUCGUGCGGUAUGUGCUUUGGCCAGGACGCCCGAUCAACGUGCCAAAGACGGAGCUGCAAACGAAGAGACAGCAGCUCGUGGAGCCUUGGCCAGUGCCCUUCAGUCGUAGUGGCAUGGUCGCUCGUCUCAUAAUCGAUUGCAGAGUAGAGGGAGAAGCAAGAGCGCCGGCGAGCAAAACUACAGUGCAGUAUCCGCUUGACAUCUAUGUUGGAGGUGCUCGGGUGGCCGGGAAUGCGAGCAAGAUGCAAGACCUCCAUCGAUGUGGCAACCGGAUGGAUCAUGGAACGGGCAGCAACCAUGGACAUCACAAGCUACCUUCGUCGCAUCGAGGGAGGUCACCCUUCGCUCAUGGCCUACCUGUGCCGACGUUUCACCCCCAGCCUGCCUCGUCUCGACUUGUCUGUGGAGGGGACGUCGACCCUGCGAGACUGAAGAGACAAAGACCAUCCUCGCCGAGACGCAAGUGGCUCUGGCUCCCCUCCGUCGUCGACUGCUUUGCCACGAGACGGAAUCAUUCAUGGAGUCUGUGCUUCUCGGCACAUGGACCCGUCCGAUCCUUGCGGUAAUUGUUGCCACAAUCACGGCAGACACGGGCGAGCCUUGCUUUCGCCCAGACGGCAGGGGUUUGACCUCCGAGGCUCUGGCCAGCAUCAUCAUUAGAUGGGCAAAGAGGUCGGAGCACUUGCCACUGAAUGUCGCUGAGAGUGUGCUACUCUCUGACAGAGACCAAAAAGCCGCUCCGGUGUGGACAAUGAUGGGCAAGGACGCGUUCAUUGGGAGGAUGGUGGGCGGCUGCGUCAACCGAACAAAGGCGCUGUUGAAGAGGGGGAAGCCGAUGGAGGUUCCAAGGGAGGAGCAUAUGGAGGCGGCUAUUUGCAGCUUGUCUGGGCGAGAAAGAAGUCUACGU